AUGUAUCACAGUGCUCUCGUUGUUCACAAGUCCGAACAAGCCUUCGGUUCCUACACCAUCAAACAACUUCCUAGCGACGAUGUUUUCGUGACCAGACGUCUCUCAGGCACCACUCGCGUGCCGCUUCAUACUACUGUCGGUGCUUUUACGGUCUCCGGCUCCAUUGACACGGUCUCCCUGGAAGCAACAGUGGCCGUGGAUAUUUCCGGAAUCAACCUAGGCCUAUUCUAUGGAAAACCAAGCAGCGGAUUCCGGGUCGAUAUUGAGCUGGAGAUCUUCAAGGGAAGUGUUGAGGUUGAAUUGAAUGCCUUUGAUGAGGUAUGGCUUCACAUCAGGCCAGCUGGGAAGACAUCCAAAGAUACAGCGGAGGGCUCUAUUACGCAUCUAGCAAACUUGCCGAGUCUUGCUUGUGCGCCUUGGGUGUAG